UAAAAAAAAGAGAGAGAGAGAGGGAGAGGGAGAGAGGAGAGCAUCUGGCCAGCUUUACGCUCAUGUUUUCCCGUCCCCGUCCGAUUGUCGUCUCUUCUUAAUCCCGAAUGCGACGCGCCCGGAGUCGCUCUAAGAGAGUUCUGCGACCCAGCGGAGGUGGGGAAUCGGGACGGAAUAAUUUCUCGCCGACGGAUUAUUAACCUGAAGCAUCAGAAUGCACGCUUCUCGUCUCACCGUCGGCUUGCUGCUGAUGAUGGCGCUCGGCGCUCUUGCAGCUGCUGAUCCCGAAAUCUCCCCGACGGGUCCCAGAGACGGAGACAGAGGCUGGUGCCACGAGCAUCACUCCCUGCACCGGCGCCUCGACACCGUGGAGGAGCAGGUGGAGAAGACGGUGGAACAUCUUUACGCGGAGGUGAACUCAUUGCUGGACUCUCUGUCAGGGGCUUCCUGGGCCCUGCCGGUUAUCCCCGGGGCCAGUGCCUUGGAUAUAUUCGAGGAGGAUCCGAGAUAAGGAUGGUUUCUCGUAUUAUUCUCUGGAUUGGACGAGUCCCCCCCCCCUCCCCCCGUAGAUCACAUGUAUUUUUCUUUUCUUUUUUUAUUGCGCACUUUUUUUUGACAGAAGUUUUAUAUAAAUAAACCGAAAAGGCCGUUUUAUUCUGCAA